AUGGGUAGUCGAGAAUCUGAGCAAAUGAAAUUCUUCCAAUUCCAAACACCAAUAAAAACUAUCCAACAAGAAAAUAGACGUAUUGAUGAACAAAUUCUUACAUUUACUAAUCAAUGUAAACAAUACCAAAAUCAAAUGGAACAACUUCGUCUUCAACUCAAUCAACUUGAACAAGAUGCUAAAAAUAAAAAACCAUCAAACAUUUGGCAACUAUUUCUUUUCUGUCUAGUCUAUGCUCUUAUCGUUUUUUUCUUGCUUCAUUAUAUUUAUUUCUCAGCUAAUUAUGAUCAAUUUUAUGCUAAUAUUUCUUCUAAUAUUGAUGUUGAUCCAUUUCAAACAGUCGAUCCAUUUGCUUCUCAAUCUGAUAUAGGUUCACCAACAACACCAAAUGAUUGGUUUCAAUCAUCGAACAAUGUUCAUACAACAAAUUAUCCAUUUGGUUCCAAAAUUGAAUCUCCAAACACAACAAAUACAGCACCAAAAGCUAAAUCAUCAUCAGUUGAUCCAUGGAGUGGAACAACAACAACAACAAUAACUAAUAAGAGACGGUCCAUGACAGCACCAAGAAUCCGAAGCACUCGUCAAAAUUUAAAUUUUUGA